GCUCGGUUGUCGGGGUUUGUGCACUAUCGCACCGAGAGGGUGGCGGCGCCGCUAAGAUGAAGCUCGUGAGAUUUUUGAUGAAAUUGAGUCACGAAACUGUAACCACUGAAUUAAAGAACGGAACCCAGGUCCAUGGAACAAUCACAGGUGUAGAUGUCAGCAUGAAUACACAUCUGAAAGCUGUGAAAAUGACCCUGAAGAACAGAGAACCUGUACAGCUGGAAACAUUGAGUAUUCGAGGAAAAAACAUUCGAUAUUUUAUUCUGCCAGACAGCUUACCUCUGGAUACACUACUCGUGGAUGCUGAACCGAAGGUGAAGUCUAAGAAAAGGGAAGCUGUUGCAGGAAGAGGCCGAGGCCGAGGAAGAGGAAGAGCACGUGGCCGAGGCAGAGGAAAAGGGGGUCCUAGGCGAUAAUGUCUCUGAAGACUACUAUUUCAAAGUAGUAGGGAAGAAGGAGAAGACAUGGCGGAUGGAGAAUAAAUACAACACUGAGGACACGGCAACAGGAGACACAGCAUGGAACUACUUCAGCGAUUAUACGGCUAUGCAGCUUUAGCGGAUAAUGGGUGGAAAUUACUGUCUCAAACUGAGGAUGUUGGGAUUUUUUGUACAGGCUUUCUUUGUUUCUGGCAGUUUUUAAUAAACAUAAAUGUAGAAAAAAAAAAUUAAAAAAGCAUCAAGUCAGACCAGGGUAAUGGUUUAUAAGGGUUUC